GGACCCAUGUUUGUCGUUUUGAUGGGGAUGAUGGUGACUUUAGUCAUUGUGAUAGUUUUGGGCAACGCACUGGUCAUUUGGGCCUUUAAAGUGGACAAGAGUUUGAGAAGACAAUGUAAUUACUACUUCCUCAAUUUGGCAAUAUCAGAUUUUCUUGUAGGGGCGUUCUGCAUCCCAGUCUACAUGCCUUACAUACUCACAGGCAGGUGGACUCUGGGCCGAGGAGUGUGCAAGCUGUGGCUGGUCAUGGACUACCUGCUGUGUUCUGCGUCCGUCUUCAAUAUCGUCCUCAUCAGCUACGACCGCUUCCUGUCAGUCACCAGAGCAGUAAGUUACCGUGCCAGGCAGGGCAUGACUCAUCAGGCCAUAACCAAGAUGGUUGCCGUCUGGGUGCUAGCCUUUGUCCUGUAUGGCCCUGCUAUCAUAUUCUGGGAGCUGGUGGUGGGCAGAAGCAGCGUGCCGAAGGAUGAGUGCUUCGCGGAGUUCUAUUACUCUUGGUACUUCCUGCUGAGUGCCUCCAUGCUGGAGUUCUUCUCUCCUUUCAUCUCUGUGGCUUUCUUCAACCUCAGCAUUUACCUCAGCAUACGCAGGAGGAGGCUCCACAGCAGGGAGGCGCAGCUCCACCUUCAGCUGAGCGAACCCGCCUCUGCCCAGGGGAAAGGCAUCCCCCUGUCCCACAACUGUGGGUUAGGGACCAAACUGGCUGUAAGAGGCUCCAUCCACUCCCAGACCUCCUCUCCCAGUUUGGGUACACUAGAUCCCACAACCAGCAGGGCUGCCCAGCCUAGCCGUCUGUCCAGGGAUAAGAAAAUUGCUAAGUCCCUGGCCAUCAUAGUGUGUGUGUUUGCCAUCUGCUGGGCACCGUACACCCUACUGAUGAUCAUCCGUGCCGCCUGCAGAGGGCGGUGCAUCCAGCAUCACUGGUACGAGGUCACCUUCUGGCUCCUGUGGCUCAACUCUGCUAUUAACCCAUUCCUGUACCCGCUCUGCCACAGUAGCUUCCGCAGGGCCUUUAGCAAGAUUCUCUGCCCACGGCGGCACACGACUCCCCCAUCAUCUGUCCUCCGUCCUGGCCAGUGACAAGCGCAUACCCAUGGUAGGAUGGGGGCGAACAAUGUGCCAAAACUAUGGAUGGAAACAUUCAAAAUAUAACCCAUAAAUUACACAGUUUCAGCAGAUGAAGCUGUUUGUCACACAGACCAUAACUAAUAGUAUACGAUUGUGGUUUUCAGUGUUUGGAUGUACAGUAUGAUGUAAUUUACAGUUCACUGUGUUCACAACUAAAGUAUGUAUUAAAAAUUCUCCUGUCAAACAAAUCUGAAUAUACCGACAAAAGCGUGAUGAUAACUAUAGUAGAGUUUUUUACAUACUAUAAGAACAUGUCUAGGUUUUUUAUUUGUCUAGCCAUACAGGCAAUUCAUCAAUUAUGUUGUCUAGUUAUUUAUGUUAUGCAGCUUCUAUAUUGAAUUUAUAUACUGUAUAAUUAUACUGACGAUUUAUGUUCAUAAAAAGAUAAGAGUUGCCCUCACUGUGACAUCCUUCCUUCAGCUGAAGUACAACAGAUCACUAUCACCCUCUGCUGUUUACUGAUGUUAAUAUUACAGAAGCACAGUGAUGAAACAAAAAGUGCCAUUAAGUAUAAAUGUAUGUGCAAUGAAAUGUGUUCUGCUAAAAUUGUAUUUUCUCUAUUUUUGUGGCACAUUCUUAUACAAUAGAUUGGUAACGGAUUACAUUUCUCCACACAUUGUCUGCACAUUCAUCACCCCAUGUAAAAAAGAAUAUACAUGCUGGACUAUAGAAAAGCAACACCAACAAAAAGUACAAAUUCAGUUUUAUUUAUUGUAUUACUUUUACUGAAAGUAUUUGGCUUUAUGUUAGAGACAGAAUCUGUUUACAAACAAUGCCAAAAUACCAUUUUACUGUGAUCAGCAGAUGCAUGUUUACUUAUGUGCCACUAGAUGUCACCAUUAACCUUUACAGCUUCCAGUCUGUUAAGUGCUUGAGCACAAUUCAUAAUAGAGAGAAGUCAAUCUUUGAGAUUGGCCACGGUUUCCAUUAACUGUUUUACUUUAUUGUUUGUAUUGGAAGUGUCAGUUAAAUAUGUGCUAUACUUUUGCACCAGAAGCCUGACUGAUUGAAAUUGUAAUAGAGGAAUGUAAACUAAUAAUCAUCGGUCUAUAAAAUUGCACACUGCUCUCUUUGCAUUUCUUUACAGUGAGUCACUGUCACAUAGUGUCACUCGUAAUCGCAACUUGAAUGGUCACAAUAUGUCCUAUGCUUUAGCAAAUGUCUUAUAUAGUGCUGUUAUGCUAUAUAUUUUAGGUAACUAUUUGUGUAACUUAAAUAUUAAGUUUUAUUCGUAGUGGCCUAAAUGUUGUCCUCUUGGCUCAGAAGAACGUUUAUAGUACAAAGUACAUUUUUUGGUGCUUAUUUUAAGUUAAUUAAAUUUAGG